AUGAAGAGUGUAGAACAGUUAUUUCCACAAUUUUAGGUCGUAAACAUAGUGAGAUAAAACCAUUAUAAAAAAUCAGUGAUUGUCAAAAGGAAUGGAUAUAAUUAUAUGCUGAGGAUUUUUAGUCUUGAGGGAAUUCCAAAGGAUAGAGUUCAAUCGAUCAUUAAAAUGCUUAACAAAUUAUCGAAUCACAAGAAUCCUCAUAUUGUUAAAUUUUAUGAGGCAUCCUUUGAUCAUGAUAUGACAUACUUGGGUAUUGUCAGUCAAUACUUGGAUAAAUAAUACGAAUACCCUUUGAAGGAGGUUGACAUUUGGAGUAUUAUCCAAGAGUUGUCAAUUGCAUUACAAUAAUUUCAUCCAAAAAGAGUCCAUGGCAAAUUAUUAUUGUCUAAUUUAUUUCAAAGUAAAGGAAUGACUAUUUUGGGUGAGUUGAAUGUUCUUUAUUAUUUGCAUAAAUAAAACUAUCAAGAUAUCUAUUUACUAGCACCAGAAUUUAUUAGAUCUCAAAUCUACGAUCAUAAAUCAGAUAUAUGGAUGGUUGGUUAUAUGCUCUAUUAGAUGAUGUUCAAGGAUCCACCGAUAAUUACCAACAAUGUUGAAAUUUUACAUAAAAAAAUACUCAAAGGCAUACAAAUUACAUAUAAUCCAAAUUAUAGUCUCAAUUUGAACAACCUAUUGAGAUUGAUGAUGUGUUAUGAUGCUGAACUCAGACCCAAUGUUGAAUAGAUUUAGUAUUUCUGUCAGCAAUCUAAAUUAUCUAAUGAAGAAAUCAACAUCAAUAGAAUAUUACCUAAAUUUAAAGUAGACAAAGUAGCCUUACCUAAAAAGAAAACAGAAAAGAAAUCAGAACCUGUCUAAAGUGCUGUAUAUUUGAUUGAGGAUCAAUUUAAAUAACCAUAUUUCCCACCAUCCAAAAUUAAAAAACAAAAGAGAUGCCUAUAAUAAAAAUAAACAACCUCUGUCAUGGAUUUUGGCCAAUCUCAAAAAACCAAUUACUCUGUAUAAUUACCAAAAGUGUUAAAUUCUUAACUUAGUAAAUUGAAAGUCAAGGAGGCUAGCACAAUUUCAGGAUCCAUAGAAAAAAGUAAUGAACAAGAAAUAUUGAACAAUAAAGCUUAGCUUAUUAAAUUAGAAAUUGAUAGUAUUUUUCCACAAACAAAAAUAACCUUACAUACUUAGAGAAAAUCUCCAAAUAGAAUUUAAUUACAAUAAGUAUUUUAGAAUAGAUAAAAAAGUUAAAGAUUUUUUUAUUGA